AUGCCUGACCUGAGCCAGUCCUCAAAAUGCCUACUCUCAGACACAUCCUCCUCAAACGCCUCCCCAUAACCACCUGGUUACCCCGCUACAAAACCUCAACCUUCUUCCGCGACCUUCUGGCCGGCUUCACAGUCAGUCUCACCGAAAUCCCCCAAGCCAUUGCCUACGCCGUCGUUGCAGGCCUCACGCCCGAAUAUGGACUCUACGCCGCCUUCAUGGGCGGCUUCACCUACGCUCUUUUCGGGAGCAACAAAGACAUCAACAUCGGGCCCACCAGCAUCCUCUGCCUGCUCAUCCAACCCUACGUGAGGAAAUUUGGGCCCGACGUGGCCGUCUUGGCCUGCUUUCUCUCAGGAGUGCUAAUUUUCCUCCUAGGAGUGCUCCAGCUAGGCUUCGUUAUUGAGUUUUUUUCGUACCCGGUGAUCGCAGGCUUCACAUGUGCCGCCUCUUUACAAAUAGGGUCGACUCAAAUCAAGAGUUUGUUGGGCAUUCCAGGCCCAGCUGAUGGGUUUUUGGACGCCUGGAAGGCCGUUUUCAACAACUUGGACCAGAUCAAAAUGUGGGACACGGUUUUGGGACUCGUCUCGAUUUUAAUUUUGGUCGUUUUGAAGGAAAUCCAAAAAUUUGGUACCUUAAAGUACCGUUCUGAUUGGUCAAAAAGUCGCAAUAUUUUGGGGAUCGCCACCUUCAUGGUGUCUCUAGCCCGUAACGCAAUCAUUGUUAUUAUUGGGACCGUGAUUUCGUACAAUUUUGGCAAAAACCCCCCUUUCAAAACCACAGGUGAGGUCAAAGCUGGGUUCCCGCCCUUUGGACCGCCACCAUUCGUCCCGAAUUGCAAUGGUACUUGGUAUAGUUUUGGUACCGUUGCCCAAAAUUUUGGCCCCACUCUUAUUUUUCUACCACUGGUGGCAAUCCUCGAAGCUGUGUCGAUUGGGAAGGCUUUUUCCAAAGGUAAGGCUUUGGACGCCACGCAGGAAAUGUUGGCCUUAGGUCUGGCCAAUAUGGCGGGUUCUUUCGUCCGGUCGAUGCCCAUCACAGGGUCUUUCACCCGAACGGCGGUGAAUCACUCAGCUGGGGUUAAAACCCAGUUUGGUGGGGUUAUAACCUCGGUUUUGGCCCUUUUAGCUAUAGCUUUUCUGACACCGACUUUUUCCUACGUGCCUAAAGCGUCGCUAGCUGCUGUUAUCAUCUGUGCCAUGUUUUAUUUGUUCGAUUUUGGCGCUUUUGUGGUACUUUGGAGGGCCAAAAAACUGGAUUUGGUGCCGUUUUUGACAACGCUUUUCUGUUGCCUUUUUAUCAGUCUCGAAUAUGGAAUCUUGAUCGGAAUUGGAGUUAAUUUACUCUUCGUUUUGUAUGCUAGUGCCCGACCAAAACUUCUCAUAACUCACGAGAAAGUAACACGUGGGGAAAUUUUUUUAAUUACUCCCAAAGACACACUGUAUUUUCCCGCAGCUGAGUUUUUGAGAGACGUGGUUUUGGCCUGUGAGGGUGAAAAUUCCACUGUGGUGGUCAACGGGAAAGAGUUACGAAAUGUUGACGUGACGGUUGCAAAGAGUUUGGCAGUUUUGGUACGAGAAUUGGUCGAGAGAGGUCAAGUUCCAAUUUUGCAAAACUUUAAGCCAUCAGUGGUCCAAAUCUGCAUUAGAGUCGAUAAAAAUUUGCAAAAGUAUUUUGUACAAAGUGACUUGAGUGAAAUUUUGAAAAAUGUGUAAUAAAUAUUUUUGGCCCCGU